CGCCGAGCAUUUCUGUUGUGGUAGUGACCGUGAAAGGAAGGCCAAGGACAUUCGGGCCCAGUGUCAGUGUCAUCUCUUCUUCGAGUAGGUACUACUACGAUCAUCCGCAGGAAGAACACAAGUAGUUGCUGAUCCUGCUGCUGUUUUAUAAGUAAAUUACACGCUGUGUCAGCAAUUAUCAGACGCGGGUGCAGGUAGUCGCCGCUGCUGUUACGAAACACUAGCGUUAAGAUAAUUACUGUUGCUCAUUUACUCGGUGCAGAUCUGAUUGCUGCUGUGAUAACGAUAACCGAUCCUAUCCAGCUCCCAGUGUACCGAUAAAUUUCCUGGUCAUCCUUAACUAUAGAUUUCCUGGCCAUCUACAACUAAUCUUCUAGUCAACAAUGUCUUGGCUCCUCCAACUCAGUUUAUUCCUAUCGCUCUACGGCUGCUUCUGCCAAACAGUCGACUCAGAAACGGAAAUAAUAAACACUCCGGAAAAAGCGGCUCCUCCUCCACCGUCCCCACUCGACGACUGUGAUCCGGAGAUGAUCGGUUUCGAGCUCAUCACCGGAAACGUGUUUUCGGCGCCAGGAAAUGUCCUGGACUCGAUUCCUGGAACGCUGAUGCUCACGGACUGUUUGGAAACGUGCCAAGGAAACGAGAGUUGUCAGAGUGUCAAUUACGAGACUGGGUUGUGUGUGCUGUUUAGUUCUAACGCGGAUUCUUUACCUGGUGCCCUAACCCGUUCCCAGUUCCCGGUGUUCACCAUCUACGCGCAGAAGAGCUGUCUCGGGGUGAAGCCUUGCGAGAGAGCUUGGUGCAUAGACCGAGUGCAAAACCAUCGACUGACAGGAUAUGUAAGCAGCCGGCAAGUCGUCCAAUCUCGUCAAGAGUGCCUUGAAUUGUGCCUUGGGGAGAGCGAAUUCUCGUGCAGGUCUGCAAACUAUCACAACGCAUCAGGUAACUGCGAGCUCUCCAAAAUGGAUCGCAUAACCGUAGCAGGUAGCACAUCGUUCCAACCAGCUGAUGGAGUGGAGUACAUGGAGAAUAACUGCAUCGAGGAGCCUACCAAACUUUGCGAAUUCAAGAAACUGAGCGGCAGAAUCUUAAAAACGGUCGACUCUGUAUACCAGGAUGUUGGAUCUGUAGAUGAAUGUAGGGAACUCUGCUUGAACAGCCCUUACAGAUGCCACUCCUACGACUACGGUGACACCGGUGAAAUGGUCUGCAGAUUGAGCCAUCACUCCAGAGCUACUUUGUCUGAUAUCCAGGAUCCUUACCUAGAAGUACCAGAAGCCGCCACUUACGAACUGAGCUCCUGCUACAACGUAAGCAUCGACUGUAGAUCAGGAGACAUGAUCGCCAGAAUCCAAACCAGCAAGCUCUUCGACGGCAAGAUAUACGCCAAGGGAAGUCCAAACUCGUGCGUCAGGGAUGUCAACAAUAGCCUAGAAUUCGAACUCAAUAUGCCAUAUGAUAACCUGGAAUGCAACGUGAGGAAAAACGGUUUAGGAAGGUAUAUCAAUGACGUAGUCAUCCAACACCACGAUAAGAUCGUAACCAGCAGCGAUUUGGGAUUAGCUGUGACCUGCCAGUACGACUUGACCAAUAAGAGUGUGACCAAUGAAGUUGAUUUGGGUGUUCAUGGUGAUAUCACUCCAGCUCUGUCAGAAGAAGUCACAGUAGACUCCCCCAACGUAGCUAUGAAGAUCACAGACCGCAACGGAGAAGACAUCAUGCAAUCUGCCGAAGUUGGAGACCCGUUGGCCCUUAAAUUCGAAAUCAUGGACAAAAACAGCCCCUACGAAAUCUUCGUCAGAGAAUUAGUAGCUAUGGACGGUGUAGACUCAAGCGAAAUCAUCUUGAUCGACUCCGAUGGCUGCCCCACCGACCACUUCAUCAUGGGACCUAUCUACAAAUCAGCCAUUAGUGGAAAAAUCCUACUGUCACACUUCGAUGCUUUCAAGUUCCCCUCAUCCGAAGUAGUACAAUUCAGAGCACUGGUAACUCCAUGCAUGCCCACCUGCGAACCAGUCCAAUGCGAUGAAGAAGAACCCAACGGUGAACUCCGCUCUGUGGUCUCCUACGGCAAGCGCAGGAGGCGUCGUUCCACCAACUCCGCCCACGAUGACAUGCUCCUCGUCCAGUCCAUCCAGAUCACAGACAAAUUCGGCUUCGAGAAAGACAUGAACAAGUCCACCAGCAUCGGAAACGAAGCCAUCUACAUCCCCAACGAAACAGGCUUCUGCAUCAACGUCGCUGGCCUCAUCGUAGCAGCCACCAUCUUCCUCUCAGCCCAGCUGGCCGUUAUCGCUGCGUGGACGUUCAUCUGGCAAAGAAGGAAGUUCAUGAAUAAGCUCGACAACAUGUCCGUCAGCGUCAGUAUACCAUCUCAGCUAGGAAGCAGUCGCACCGAUAGUCUUUGCAAGUUAUACGAAAACAAUGGUUAUACUCACUCUCGUAGGUUCUAGAUUAACGCAAUAGUAGUUAUGUUUCAUUUAUGCGUGUCCAUAAGGAAGAAAAUACUUUUUCCUGGACACUUUAAACUGACUAUGUACCCAAUUUAAGCAAGUGGUUGGAUAACUAUAAGUAGAUCAUGCUUUUUCGCUCUAUAGUAUAUAAAAUAUUUGCUCUAACCUUAUUGCUCAAGACGUAGUUAUUUUCGAUUAGCAGUUUUGUAUAAGAUAUUGCAGGUUUGCUAUAUUUCUCAAUACAACCUAAAAAACUGCCUAUUUUUCCUUUUAUGUACUGUAGAGCAACGAAUACGCCUGCUUGUAUUGGAGCUACUUCAAGCAGUUUGACAUAACUUGUCUUUACCCAUAUACUCAACAGAUUCAGCAUUAUAUUUUUCAAAAAGGUCGCACUGACACUCUGAGCAAAAACGAUACCCCUGAAGAAUGGGCAACUUAGUACUUAUUGUGUUAUAGAACUAAAAGUGCGUAGUUGCCACAUUUCCAAUAUUUUCCAGAAACUCCUAGUUUAACAAUGAAUGCAUCGUGGUAAUUCUUUUGUCUUGUAUAAUGGAAAAGUGUGACCUUUUUGAAUUUAGUUUUACAGACGACAAAUCGUAUAACGAUAUUAUUAAGCCUUAUAUUUUUAUAAGAAACAUAGCAAUAUAUUACCUACUAAUUUCUAUAAACUCAAGCUCAUAUACACGCCAAUUAUACCACUCUAGUUUUAGUAACGUUAUUUGCUUCAAGUUUACUGUAUUAUAUUUUUGUAAAAUCCGCUUUUAGUCUUUUGGUUUAGGUUUUGUUUCUAAAAAUAACGUUACUAACUCGUUGGAUAGUCCAAGAGCUGUAAACAAAACAUUUCACUCAAUAGUUCUUUAUAUUACUUGAUUAGUAAUUAAUAAGCUCUAAAAGUCCAAGAAACAAAGGAAUAGACGAGACAACAGUUGGAAAACACCCACUUGGGAGUUAAAAGAAUCAGUUUUCCAGACAGAAUCAAUGAAUUUGACAUAAUAUGUGAUGCUUUAAUAGGGCUUUUCAUCGAUUGUCAUUUGUUUCGAGCUUCUGUCGUAUGUUGUAUAAUCUGUGUAUAAUAUUAAUAUACACGGAUUAUACAUGUGACAGAAGCUCGAAACAAAUGAUUGUGAAUGAAAAGCCCUAUAUAAAACGUGAUCUUUUGACAUAAGUAAAUGACAUAAGUAAAUCAUAUGUGAAGUAAAUCGUGACGUUUGAUGUAAAAAGUAACGUAGAACGUCAAAUAUCAUAUUUUAUGUCACAUGUUUUGUGAAAACAUCACAAAAUGUCAUGGAGUCGCAUAAAAUGUGUGCCUUAGAUAUAUUUUUAAAGAAACAAUCUUAAAAAGUAAUUAUUUAACAUAUUAUGUAAUUUUUUGACGUAAUACGUGAUGUGAUAGCUGACGAAUAAAGUUCAAAUUACUUCAAAUAGGGCUUUUCAUUCACAGUCAUUUGUUUCGAGCUUCUACCAUAUGUCGUAUAAUCCGUGUAUAUUAAUAUAAUACACAGAUUAUACAACACAUGACAGAAGCUCGAAACAAAUGACAAUCGAUGAAAAGCCCUAUUAGGAGCAAAUGCUUUUUUACCAAAAUAAAACCUUGAAAAUAAAAAAUGAAUUAGGAAAUGAAAAAUUAUCCAAAAAUAGAUAAAAAACGGCCUGCGGUUAAGAAAAAUAAAUGACUGUAUUCCUUUUAUUAUAAAUUUAUACUCUAUUCUUUUAUAUUACAGCUUUUGGACUUUGAGAGUUAAAUCAUAAACGUGUUUAUCACACCAUACCGCCUAAAUUUCUAUUGUCGUAUUUUUAUAUUGUUUUAUAUAUGAAAUAACGCAUUAACAAAAAUAUUUACACGCUGUAAUUUGGUUUCUUUAUUUUACUUAAGUUGAAAGCUUUGAUCCGUAUUAGAACCUACUCAUACUCAUUCUUACUUAUGCCACUUUCUAUAACAUAGAACUGAACAAGUUACUUAGAUGUCACUAUUGUAUAAAGAUGAUUAACUUUUUUAGAAAGUCACAACCAAGCCAAUAGUGACGUCGCUGGUGGUGAUAAUCACCGGGGACCAAAUCUGGAGUAUAUGUUGUGUGCAGAAGCAAUUCAAAGCCCAAUUCGUCCAUUUUGCCAUCGUUUUCAUCGACUUGUGACAAGUAAAGCAUUGUCCUGGUAAAACAAGAAUUCUUUAUUUAAUAAAUGACACCCAUUCUUUGCAAUUUCGGCCUUCAAAACUCCAAUAAAUUAAUUGACCCUUACCUGUUGAGUGUUUCUCCAUGUUUUAAAUAUUCGAUGAAAAUAAUUCCUUGUGGAGUCCAAAAUACAGAGGCCAAAAUUUAUUCGAAGGUUUGUUACAUCUUUGGUCGCUUUGGACAGCUUUCUUGGAGCGCUAGGCACUCAGAUGACUGCCAAUUUGAUUCCGGAGUGAAGUUAUGGAUCCAUGCUUUAUCCGUUGUGACACCCAUGCAAAAACUCUGAUCUAUUCAGAUUAAAUAUCUCCAAACAAUGCCGCGAUUCAUCGUCGUAUGUAAGUCUCCCUUAGGUGUGUCCAUUGAUUUCUGUUCGUUGUUUUUUGCAACCAUUCGUAGCCAGGCAUUCGCUUGAUGUCACCAUCUUGAGGUCUGCCUCUACUUCUCUUAUUUGCUCCCAUGGGUUGUCUCCCAUUCCUUCCAUAUGUCCUGCCCAGUUAACAUUGCAAUCUUUUGAAUUAGAUCUGUUACUUUUGAUCCUAUUUGAUCGAUUGUACUUCAGUAAAAUAAACAGAUAAUUAAAAGUUUUGUAAGAAAGCUUGAGUAGGAUCUAAUUGAGUUUUUCUGAUAAUUUUAAGUCGAUGCGGGACAUCGUAAGGACUUAAGGACGAUCUAGCGAAUAUGUAUCAAUAAUAAAAAAAAAUCGCGAAUGAAUGUUGUAUGAGUGUGUAUUUAAACGCUUGUCCUGGAGUCCUGGUGUCAGUUGGCAACACUGCUGUAAAAUACGCCCUUGAAGUUCCAUUAAAAGUAGCUAUUUGUCCUUGUGUUAAGGUACCGAACACAUGACAGCGUUGCACGCCGCGGUUUAACUGAUAAACGUGCGCUUGCAUGUGUACGAUACUAUUUGUUCCUUGGUGACUUGAAACGCAGCGUUUAACGGCCUCGUGUGUACAGGGUCUUAAUACGAGGGAGCGCUUUUUUUGAAAUAUUUUUGUAAACUUUUAGUGGAACGUGCGGGUGGGUAAGCCAAACUGUGCGGGGUUGCUGACACUUUAGCAUCUGAGCGUAUCUUAAAAGUACCAAUUAAUUAGACAAUUUAGUAUGAUAUUACAUUAUUUUUUAAGUUAUUAAUGCUAAAUGCUAUUGAAAAUAUAAGUAAGUUCAUAUGGCCAGAAA